CUAGUGGUUUCUCGCCUUAGGUGCUGCCUCCUCCUAUGCAGUGAAGACAGGCAUUCUCGGUUUGUGGUUGGAUAAACUGUCCAGCCGACAACAGUAACUGAAUGCCUACUGUAGAGAUCAUUGAACCAGCAAAAGAAUUUAGAACACAACAUUGUUGUUUAGAGUUUCAUGGCAUUCAUUAACUAUGACCCUAUGUAAAAUAAAUUUAUGUUUCAUGAGUUUAACGUGAAACCUCUGUGAUUAUGGUUUACCCAUAUGGUUUCUUAUCCGGGUGAAAAAACGUGAAGGCUAAGAUGUUGGCGCCUUGUGCAUCUAACUAUAGAUUCAGGAAAACCUUAUUUAUAAGAAGCUUUAAUUUCAUGUUCAGAUAUCCUUAGAGGAACAGCAAACUAGUACUAAUUAAGACACCUUAAUACCUGAGUAUUAAGUUUUUCAGGAUAGAAACUGUUUUGCAUGUGUCCUAGGACUAACCCGACUUUUAUUUUUGAAAACCUGUCAGCCUCCCCUCCAGGAAGCCUCAAGAGUCUCCACUGAAGUCAUAGUAUCCUAUUUUGUUUACUCUCCAGUAGCACUUAUCCUGGAGUGGAUUGACUAUACCCUUGUCUCCAGACAGUUGAAGAAAAUACAAAACUGUGCUAAUGGCCCUUGGUAACAGAUUCAGUGGAUUUUAACCUCAGUGGCCCUUGAUACUGUUUGGUAUCUUUAUUCAUCCCUCAUUGUUGAUUUUCCUAUCUUCCCAUUCUCUCUAGUGACUCAGAACUUUUCUUCUCAAGUACUCAGAUCUGUUUCUUUUCCCUUUACUUGGAGCCAAUGACUAGCCAUCUAUUUCUCUGGGAAAUUUGAAGCUUGGGGGUUCCCACAGUACCUGGUUCCUCACAUUGCUGCUUUAGGAACAGAGUUCAUUUGGAAACUUGAAGGCAGAAUGGCUUCCUUUGGAUGGAAGAGAAGAAUUGGGGAGAAGGUCUCAAAGGUCACUUCACAGCAGUUUGAAGCUGAAGCUGCUGAUGAGAAGGAUGUAGUGGAGAAUGAAGAAGGGAGCUGGCUUCAUGCGGUUAAACGCAGGAAAGAAAGUCUCCUCGAGGGCUGUGUUGAGAAAAGUAAGCAGCUGAAGGAUGAAGGAGCCAGUUUGGUUGAAAAUAAAAGGUAUCGAGAGGCGAUUCAAAAAUGGGACGAAGCACUGCAGUUAACCCCAGAUGAUGCUACCCUGUACGAGAUGAAAUCACAGGUCCUAAUGUCUCUUCAUGAAAUGUUCCCUGCAGUACAUGCAGCUGAAAUGGCCGUGCAGAGAAACCCACAUUCAUGGGAGUCUUGGCAAACUUUGGGACGUGCUCAGCUUGGAUUAGGAGAGAUAGUCCUGGCAAUUCGAAGUUUUCAGGUAGCCCUUCACAUCUAUCCAAUGAACCCUGAAAUAUGGAAAGAAGACCUUUCUUGGGCAAGAACACUCCAGGAGCAGCAGAAGGUAGCACAGAAGAUUAAGAAGUGUGACGCGUCAGCAGAAAUGACACAUUUCUCACCAAAGUCAAUCCCCGACUAUGACUUUGAAAGUGAUGAGAUUGUUGCUGUUUGUGCAGCAAUUGCGGAGAAACAGAAGACAGUUUCAGCAAAUAAGACAAUGGUUAUUGUUUCGGCCUCUGGGACUGUAGAGACGGUCACUGAGAAGGAAGAUGGUGCUACACCACCAGACGGCUCUGUUUUUAUCAAAGCCCGAUAAAGUAGCAGGAACCCUUUGAAUCUGGCUUUUUGAUUGCUCUUAAAGUUUGAGGCCUAGGAACAUCUACUGUGGAGAGACAGAAUAAAACUCCUGUUUGUAAAAUGAGUUUUGCAGAUGAGGCAUAUAAAAACUAAAUGGUAGAAUUAUUGUAUAGUGUUUGGGCUGUGCUUUGAUAAGUUACGAUUUAAACUUCUUAAGAUUAGAAUUGUGAGUACAGUGGGGUUUGAUUAAUAAACUUAAAAAAAUAAUCCAAAAAUGUAAGUGAAUGCGUUUUAAAGACACAACUUGAAAAGUGAAUUCUCUAAUAGUGAAUAACUUGAUGGCCAGUGUUAUUAAGAUGUUGACUCGUUGGCUUUUGUUUCACGAUAAAGGAAGUUGGUGAUUUCUUUCCCUCCUAAUACUCCUGUUACUGUUCAGUCUUCUGUUUUUCUGGUUGCAUUAGAGGAAGUCUCCCAAAGGUCAAAUAUUUUUUGACAUUUAUUUUGAUUCAGAGUUGUCAUUUGGUUAUUUUUGGAAUCUUUGAAAGUUUGGCUGAAAAUGCAUGCAAAUGUGUACAUUCUAAACAUUUUCUGGACUUUCUCUUCAUUCUGAUUUGUGCUUAUAUUUUGACUUCAAAAUUAUUACAACAAUGGUAGUUGCCUUCUUCAGUAUUAGAUAUGUGAAAUACUGAUCAAUGUCACAAUGAUGGUUUUAUUGUUUGAGUUGUAAAAGUAGAUAGAGUAUUCCUUACCACAAGGGAGUCAUGUUUAAGAUGUGCAUUUUUGAAAAAUGCUUUUAUAGAUGUGUCAUAUCAAAUUGUACUGCUGCACUGGCCCAGUCAAAAGUAGUAUUUUCUUCUCCUUAUUUUUAAAAGCUUAAAAACUCUGAAAAAAACUUACCUUUUGCUUUUAACGUUCCAGCUGACGGUUUGGAAUUCUUCUUCUAGAUAACUUUUUUGGAACUACUCAAUUAAAUUACAAUUUUAAAUAGCUAAAUUAUGUCUUUCUAAAAAAGUAGGGAUGUUUAUGAGUGUCAGUGAAUGUAUAUAUCUUGGGCAUGACAUACAUAGGAACUGAAACAUGACUUAACAGUACAAUCCCAUGAAUAGAGAAGAAUAUAUUUAAAGAAAUAUUUCCUUGAAAGGCCACGAUCGCAUUCACAAAUCAAUACUGUCAUUGCUAAUAUGAGUUAUUUUUAUACUACAUAUAUUAUAGUACAAUUAUAUAGAACUACUGGGUCCUGUUACUUCUGACACUCAGGAAGCUAUUUUUGAUGUAAAAUUAAUUUUUUCCUUGUCAGAGAUGAAAGUAAGCUGUUUUAAAGAAUCUUACCUUAACCUGUUGGAGCAUGUAAGUAAUGGUCUACAUUUUUCUGAGAUGAUUUAAAAAAUGUUUCCUUUAGUGGAAUGCUUACCUCUUUUUUUUUUUUCAGAGUGUUAUAUUUUCCCUCAAAGUUACAUCAGAAGGUUAGCUGUGGUUAGGUUAGUUUUAGAGUACUUGAAAAACACAAAUAUUAGUUACAUUUUAUUUUGUUUAAUAAAGGAUAUUCUCACAGGGUAGAUACUUGAGUAUAUACAGAAGUGAGCAUUCACCAUUUGGUAUGUGGUUUUGAGUAGUGGGUUUUUGUUUAUCGUGUAAUUUGUGAAUAAAUAGUUUUUUCUGCACUUUAAA